UGUGUGUGUCUACCUGUGGGGAGGCGUCCUUUCUGCCCCCUAAAGGGGACGAUCCCGUCAACGUGCAUCAACGAGAAACUAAAACCAUCCCCAGCUCAGAACUCACAAGAACUUCACGUAGUCGAACAGGCCGAGGAGAGAGAGGAAGAACAAACAAUGGUUGUAUUACCCCUUUUGCUCCUGUUGGGGUUGCAGUUUCUCUGCGGUCGUGGCCAGUUGCAGUCCGCCGGCAUCCAGCUGCUGACGGAGGCCGCAAGGGAGUGGCAGGGGUCUCUGCCGUGCGGCGAGUGGAACUGCAACUGCGCCUUCCAGAAGCAGCCCGGCUGCUGCUGUGCAGCCGACGGAAUGUUCAAAUUAGAGGAGGAUUCCUUCCACAGGAUUAAAUACUUGAUGCGUGAUGUCAUGUCGCUGGAAAAAAAGGUGCAAAAGCUCACAGAUUACAGCAGGGUUGCCUUCGAAGCCAUCAUGAAUCCAGGCGCUCGCGUGAGUUCCGGGACCGAUCCACAAUGCUUUGGUCCUUUCAGCACCAACGUGCCGAUCCCCUACUCCAAUGUCACUCUUAACGAUGCUAACGGAUACAACCCUGCGUUGGGUGUCUUCACUGCUCCUUGUGCCGGUGUUUAUGUCUUCUCCUUUACGGUCCACUCGUGCGUAUUGGAGAACGAGAGCCUCUACUAUAAAGUCCAGCUGAUGAGGAACGGCGUGGUGGAGGCCAGCGUGUGGGAGAACAACCGAGAAGACUUUGAAGACAACGCCAAUCACGUGGUGGUGCUGAAGCUGGAGAGAGGCGACCAGGUCUACAUCGAGCUGAUGUCUGGGAGGAGGCUCUGCACACAACAACCGUUCAAUAUCUUUACCGGUUACAUACUGUACCCUGACACUGGUGACUACAUGUAAUAAACCUCCAGAGUCCAGGUCAUGAACAUAAAUAAGUACGCAGGCCUUGAUGUACAGCGUGGUGCACACUUACGUCUUUGCAUUUGCAUGUUCACAUACACAUGCAUGCAAAUAGACAACCACAAAAGUGUGACGUUUUUUGAUUUGGAGAUAAUAAAAGUUAAUUUUACAGGC